AUGGCUACGGUAGCGGUUCAAAUUCCCGCCUCAGGUCCAGUCGGACAACCAGAUAUUGGGUACACUCCUGACCAUGACAAGUACCUUGAAAGAGUCAAAAGACGACGAGAAACUGAAAAGCUCGAGAAGUCUCUUCCGCCGGGCUUCCCUCAGCGACUAGACUCGGACCUCGUUUGGGACGGCAACACCCUCGCCGAGACUUACGACUGGAACUACCGACUAACAGAAGAGGACAUCAACGAAAUCGAGUCUGCACUUCGUCAUUUCAAGAGCCUCGACAAACCCUUAGGCUACAUCACCCAGGAAACCUUCCCCCUCCCCAACCUGCACUACACCCUCCGCCAAGUAUCCAACGAGCUCCAUAACGGCCACGGCUUCAAAGUCAUCCGCGGCCUCCCCGUCACCUCCCACACGCGCGAAGAGAACAUUAUCAUCUAUGCCGGCCUCUCCUCGCACGUCGCCCCCAUCCACGGCCGACAAGACAACCAACACAACGGCCAACUAGCCGACGUCGUCCUGGCACACAUCAAAGACCUAUCCACCACCAUCUCGGACACUUCCAAGAUCGGCGCGCCAGCAUAUACCACCGAGAAGCAGGUGUUCCAUACAGACGUGGGCGACAUCAUCGCCCUCUUCUGUCUAGGCGAGGCCGCGGAGGGCGGCCAGAGUUUUCUUUCCAGCAGUUGGAAGGUGUACAACGAGCUGGCGGCUACGCGGCCGGAUCUAAUUCGGACCUUAUCUGAACCCUGGAUGGCGGAUGAGUUUGGGAAGGAGGGUAGGAAGUUCUCCGUCCGACCGCUAUUACAUUACCUGCCUGCUUUUCCUUCUUCUAGGACCUAUGCGGACGAUGGUGAGGCCAAGCCAGAACGGCUCAUCAUACAGUAUGCCAGAAGGACGUUCACGGGUUACUGGGGCUUGCCGAGGAGUGCGGAUAUCCCGCCUAUAACGGAGGCGCAGGCCGAAGCGUUGGAUGCGCUGCAUUUUACUGCGGAGAAGUAUGCUGUUGGGUUGGACUUUAAGCAGGGGGAUAUUCAGUUUGUGAAUAACUUGAGCAUCUUCCAUGCUAGGGCCGGGUUUAGGGAUGAUGGGAAGAGGCAGAGGCAUUUGGUUAGGUUGUGGUUGAGAGACCCCGAACUGGCGUGGGAGACGCCGGAGGUGUUAAAGGAUAGGUGGGAGAGGGUGUAUGGCGGGGUGAAGCCGGAGAGGGAGGUGUUUCCGCUUGAACCACAGAUUAGAAGCGCGAGUAAGGGGGAGAGCGUGGGGACGCAGGGUGGUGGAGGGUAUUGA